AAGUGAAGUCACCACCUUGCCUUCUGCGGGGGUUCCUGCAGGGGACUAUGGCUGGGUAAGACCCGGGAUGGAAAGAAUGAUUCCAUGAUGCUUUGUAGCAGUUUCCCCAAUCUGAAAUUUUCCAUGUCUGUGGAUCCCAAAAUUUGCUGAGAUGGAGGAUCAUCAAAAAAAUGACCCAAACAUUGUGGAUCCAAAGAAAGAUGACCCUCUCAAAAACACUCGCCCUCAGAUUUCUGUCAAUGAAUUCUCGUGUCACUGCGGUUAUGACAUCCUGGUUAACGCCACUACCCUGAACUGUGGGCACAGUUUCUGCCAGCACUGCCUUGCUUUGUGGUGGGUGUCAUCGAAGAAAACGGAGUGUCCAGAAAGCAGAGAGAAAUGGGAAAGCUUCCCCAAAGUCAACAUUCUCCUCAGAGAUGCUACUGAGAAGUUAUUUCCUGAUGCCAUUAGAAUGAGAUUUGAAGACAUUCAGCAGAAUAAUGACAUUGUCCAAAGUCUUUCAGCCUUCCAAAAAUAUGGGAAUGAUCAGAUUCCUUUAGCUUCCAACCCAGGCCGAGUGACUCAGCAGCGAGGAAGGGGCUUCUUUUCCGUAGUGCUCACAGCUUUAACUGAUGUGGCAGUGGUGCUGCUUGUGUGUCAUUGGAGCAGCAGGGAAUCUGAACACAACCUCCUGGUCCACAAGGCUGUGGCCAAAUGGACAGCAGAAGAAGUUGUCCAUUCUGAGCAGCUGGGCCCAUGGACCUCCCACUACAGUGACAGGUUUUUAUCAGAAAGAGUAAAUGGAAGAUUGCCUCUAACCCUGACAGAGGAAGAAUUUUCAAGAGUACCUUAUACCAUAGAAAACAGCAGCCACAGAAGAGCCACCCUUAUGGAGCUGGAGCAGGUCAAAGCACUAGGUGUGAAGGCCCCCCCCCAUCUCUGGGACUAUAAGGCUGUGAACCCAGGCAGGUCCCUGUUCCUGCUGUAUGCCCUCAAGAGCUCCCCGAGACUUGGCCUGCUGUACCUGUGCCUGUUUGACUACACAGACACCUUCCUGCCCUUCAUUCACACCAUAUGUCCUCUGCAGGAAGACAGCUCUGGAAAGGACAUUGUCACCAAGCUGUUAGAUCUGAGAGAGCCCAUCAGGAAGCAGUGGAGAGAGUUCCUUGUCAAGUACUCCUUCCUCCUGUACCAGCUCAUUGUUGAAUUUGCCUGGGACUGGCUGGAGGUGCAUUACUGGACAUCGCGGUUUCACACUGUCAAUGCCAUGUUACUCUUGGUUCUCAAAUUAUUCUCUUUUUGAAGGAUCUGGUCCAGAGGUGAACUAAAGACAGUACCUCAGAGGAUGUGGAGCCAUUUUUGGAAAGUGUCAACACAGGGGCUUUUUGUGGCCAUGUUCUGGCCCCUCAUUCCUCAGUUUGUUUGCAAUUGUUUGUUUCAUUGGGCCCUGUACUUCAACCCAAUUAUUAACAUUGAUCUUGUAGUCAAGGAAGUUCAACGGCUGGAAACCCAAGUAUUGUGACUGGUGCUGCCCAAGCUCCAAGAAACUCCUCAGACCUCCCAGAGGAGGGAGUGACCAAGUGGACUUCCUGUUUUCUACCCCAGUAAACAAGGUGCUGCUUUGUAUGUCAAAGGCUUCAAUAAGGUCCUCUCUCCUGCCAUGGCUCUGCAGUGACAGACUGAUAACCAGAACAAGGAGCACUCUGUUCAGCCCAUGACAGACGCACC